GCUUACGACGGUGGUUGGUGCACGCGAACACGAACAUCCCGGUAUUGUGUGAACUCUAGAAGUGUCAGAAAGGUUACUCGGUAUCGGAAGGAUUGUACACACUACAGACGGAGGUUUCGGAGAUUAGAGCGUUUGUGGUCGAACGUUGUGUUGAAUGAUGAGGUUCAUUAUCCUUCUUAGUGCCGUGCUGCUGGUGGUGGUACAGUGCGCACCGCAGGGACCGGUUACGGAGCCGAUUCCCAUCAUUCGCCAGGAGCAAGAAGUGAAUCCGGAUGGAAGCUACAGCUGGAGCUACGAAACGGGCAACGGGAUAGUGGCGGAGGAGCAAGGUUUUCUGAAAAACCCCGGCACGGAGCAGGAAGCACAGGUUGCCCAAGGAGAGUACUCGUACACGGCACCCGAUGGUCAGUUAAUACGCGUGCAGUACAUCGCGGACGAGAAUGGGUUCCAGCCGCUCGGUGAUCAUCUGCCAACGCCACCACCGAUCCCACCGGCCAUCCAGCGAGCACUCGAGUAUCUGGCCAGCCUACCGCCAAACAACGAUGAUGCGUCGCGAAGGUACUAGGUGCACGCCAGUGUCACAGCACGAAUAGUAUUCCCUGCAGCAGCCGUGAUCGCUUCAUCAUCCUCUCGUUCACACUCAUUCCUUCGCCGUAGAACGAAAAGUACGCGCCUGCUAUUUAACAUUUAGUCUUUAAGAAACGUUUGAUAAUAAAAGAUGAAACAACACAAGAAAAAA